GAUUCGCAUGUGGUCACCCACCAUACUACUAACCGGCCGGCGUGUGGCUUAAGUACGGCUGAGCGGACGGGAAGCCCUGUUCUCCACACCCUAUGGUCGUAUGUACUAGAUUCUACAUUAAUGCGCUUCUUAUCUAGAGAAAACAGUUCUAAAAUACUGGAAACCCUCUCUUCACUACUAGAUAUACCAGUGCCAGAAUCACUCGUCCCAGGUUCUUUCAGUCUGAGACAGGUGAUGAACACUUAG